CAAGAUGCUCAGAUUUCUGGUUUUAUCGAGUUUUACAGCCUUGGUUCUAGCUGAGCUGGAGCUCCAGCCCAGAUACCUGAAGAACACACAAGGGAGGUUAAAUGCUGAGGUGGCCAUGCCUAACUCAUGGCCAUGGCAGGUCUCUCUUCAGUACAAACAUGUAGCUGCGAGUUCCUAUAUUCAUUACUACCACUACUGUGGAGGAACCCUGAUUCAGCGACGUUGGGUAAUAUCUUCUGCUAGAUGUAUUGAUAGUGUUUCCUUCGUAAGGUGGCGUGCUGUUCUCGGCGAACAUGACCUAGGUGUAAGAAGUGACGCAGAACAAAUCAUUGCUGUUUACUCCAUUCACAUUCACCCCAAAUGGUCUGGUCUGGCUUUUGAUGGCCAUGACAUUGCCCUGGUGAAACUAUCGUCUGAGGCCAUCCUGAACUCCUAUGUCCAGCUUGUCUCACUGCCUUCCCCUGGCCAAAUUCUGCCACACAACAACCCAUGCUAUGUGACUGGAUGGGGACGAACAUAUGUUGAAAAGGGAGAGCCUGCUCCACUUAAGCAGGCCUUCGCUCCAGUGGUGGACUACCAGACCUGCUCCAGCAGAGGCUGGUGGGGGACCGUCAUCAAACAACAGCAUGAUUUGUGCUGGAAGAAGUGAAAUUUCCUGCUAUGCGAGUAUUUAUGAGAGACGAGGUUAUCUUGGUGGCCCUCUGAGCUGCCAGGUUGAUGGCAAGUAUUAUGUUCAUGGUAGUUUGAGUGUUACAACAGGAUCAGGAUGUG